CUCACGCGCCUCCUCUCCACGGCAUUCUGAGCUCCCCCUCCCCACUUUUCUCUGCUCCGAGACGCGAUUUUACUCUGCAUUCGUACGCCUUUAUUGCUCCCAUCGCAGGCCCAAAUUUAUCAAUUUCUCCAUACAAUUUUUUUUACCACCCACUUGUUUCCGUAGCAUUGUUCGAUCAACUGCCCGUCACUAUUAUCAAGUUUCGAUCUUUUCGGGGAGAACGAAAGGGGACCAGUGACGCCCCAGGAGGCGGUUUCUGGGGAUUGGGGAGCUGACCCUGUUGAGUAAUUCCUCUGUUUUCUGAAGUGGGUCUCCGGUUUUGGGUCGGAUAUGUGAUGAUUUCGUGAGGUGGGUUUGGUUCAGGAGGGUGGGAUCUGAUAUUGCGGGGAGGGGAGUUUCUCUGCUUGCUUGCUUGUUGGGGGUUCUAUUUUCAUGGCGGGGAGCAAUGAAGUGAAUCUCAGUGAAUCUAAGAUGGUUGUUCCACUGAACACAUGGGUCCUCAUCUCAAAUUUCAAGCUAGCUUACAACCUUCUUCGCCGGCCUGAUGGGACUUUUAACCGCCACUUGGCUGAGUUCCUCGACCGUAAAGUUCCUGCAAAUGCGAAUCCAGUGGAUGGAGUUUUCUCUUUUGAUGUUAAAAUCGACGGGGCGACCAGCCUUCUGACUCGGAUUUAUCGGCCCUUUUAUGGGGAAGAGCCUCGGCCGCAGAACUUAACUGAUCUUGAGAAGCCCAUUGACGCUGAAGUCUUGCCUGUGAUAAUAUUCUUUCAUGGUGGAAGUUUUACUCAUUCUUCCUCGAACAGUGCCAUAUAUGACACCCUGUGCAGGAGGCUAGUAGGCAUUUGUAAGGCCGUUGUGGUUUCAGUAAAUUACCGCCGCGCCCCUGAGAAUCGGUAUCCUUGUGCCUAUGACGAUGGUUGGACUGCCCUCAAAUGGGUUAACACGAGAUCAUGGCUUCAGAGUAAGGUUGACUCCAAGGUCCACAUUUUCCUAGCUGGUGAUAGCUCCGGUGGUAAUAUUGUCCAUAAUGUUGCAUUAAGAGCUGUGGACUCUGGGAUCAAAGUAUUGGGGAAUAUAUUGCUCAACCCGAUGUUUGGUGGGGAGGAGAGGACCGAAUCGGAGAACCGUUUGGAUGGGAGGUAUUUUGUAACAUUACGGGAUCGGGAUUGGUAUUGGAGAGCAUUUCUGCCCGAGGGGGCGAAUAGAGACCAUCCCGCAUGUAACCCUUUUGGCCCUAAUGGUAAGAGCCUUGAAGGGAUCAAGUUCCCCAAAAGUCUUGUUGUUGUGGCGGGUUUGGACCUUAUUCAAGAUUGGCAAUUGUCUUUUGUGAAAGGCCUCGAGAAGUAUGGUCAGAAGGUUAAGCUUCUCUAUCUGAAGCAAGCAACAAUCGGGUUCUAUUUGCUGCCGAAUAAUGACCACUUCUACACUGUCAUGGACGAGAUAAAUAGCUUCAUAAAUCCUGACACGAAUUUUGACAGUGAAUAGGUUUCUUCAGUAAGGGUAUAUUAUUAUGCAACGAUGGCUUCUAAAGAAUGUGCAGUAUGGCCUCUUUAUGGAUCUAAUUGUCGUGUCCGUUUUUGGAAACUAGAGCUCGUGAUGUUUAGUUCCUUCUGGGAAAGAAGGAUGGCUGCAGUGCUCGGUGUGUGCGGUGCCCUGCAUCUAGCUGGGUCCCCACUUUGUUUUUGUGCUAUUAACAUUAAGUGUUCAUCGGAAGUUACUAUUGGUAGCAGGCUCGCCAACUCUGAUCAUAUAGCCACAUUGAGAUCCUGCUGAAAAUUGGGAGGAAGAUAUCCUGCUCAGGUGCUUUUUAAGAGACUAUGGUGGGCUACUAAUUGGGUUCGUUUCCUAGCUAAUGUUAUGUGUAUAGCUAAUUCAAUAGGGGCAUAAUCAUAAAUGUGUAAAAACCCAAUGGAAUUGGAUUUGUAUGUUGAUGUGCCUACAAGAACAAUAUAUUAUAUGAUGAUAUUGUAUGAUAUAUUAAAGGUGUUUGGCUAUUUUCUGCUGCCA